UUCUGUGGGUUUCUUAAAAAAUACAAUUUUUUUGAUGUUUUGAUGGCUGAAUUGGACUUAGGAAGUCGAUAUUUCUCCGCCGCCGACCACGACGACGACGACGAUCCCCACCAAUCCCACGGCGGCUCUGACGAUGUCCUUGGCCGCCGCUCUCGUGGCCGGCCACCAGGUUCAAAAAACAAGCCGAAGCCGCCGGUUAUCAUAACCCGCGAGAGCGCCAACACGCUGCGUGUCCACAUCUUAGAGGUCAGCAGCGGGUGUGACAUAUUUGAUUGCGUCGCCGCCUACGCGCGUCGGCGACAGCGUGGGAUCUGUAUUUUGAGCGGUAGUGGCAACGUCAGUAACGUCGGAAUCCGCCAACCAGCAGCGGCCGGAGCCGUACUGACUCUUCAUGGGAGAUUCGAGAUUUUGUCGCUAUCUGGAUCGUUUCUUCCGCCGCCUGCUCCGGCUAACGCCACUAGUUUGACUAUAUUUUUGGCCGGAGGGCAGGGACAGGUGGUCGGCGGGACGGUGGCUGGAGAAUUAACAGCGGCAGGACCAGUGAUUUUGAUUGCAGCUUCGUUUAGUAAUGUGGCGUAUGAGAGAUUACCACUGGAUGAGGAAGAUCAGCAGCAGCAAGUCCCCGUCGCAGGCAGCGGAGUUGGCGGCGGCGACGGCGGCAGCGACAACCCAUUUCAAGACCCAUCAAAUUCAGGAGUUCCAUUUUUGAAUUAUCCACUUCAUAUGCAAAAUAUUCAGCUUCCACCUUUCUGACAAAUUUGAGUGUUUGAAACAACAAAUCAAGAACAACCCAUCUCAAAAAAAAAAAAAAAAAAAUACGGCGAUUGGGUUGACUAACUGGUGUCAAAGCUCAACCAUUGAAUCUUCUCUUUCUCUCUCUAGGAUCUUUAAAUUCAGUGUUCUUCUUCUUCUCAAUGUAAUUUAUUGAAGAAAUUAUCUCAUGGGUGUUUGUAAAAGAAGGUAGAAACAAUUUCG